CACUUUCUUAUUAUUGUUGUUAUUUGUUGUUUCAGCCCUGCUGUGACUGAUAAGUGUUGUUGUUUCAGCCCUGCCCUGAGACUGACAGGAUAUUUUGAUUAACUGUAUGCAGUGGUUUCCUCGGGGGAAAUGGAUGAAGAGGAUGAGACACUGCAUGUGGAACCAGAACCAGAACCAGGAUCAGGAUCAGCCUGGACCCUCCAAACCUGCUGCAGACUGCAGCGCCCCCUCUGCCUCUCAGGCCAACGUGGACUUCCUGAAGAACAUCGGCGAGGGCGUUGCAGCCAUGUUGAGCCCACUAGGUAUUGACGUGGACAUCGACGUGGAGCACAAGGGCCAGAGAACGAAGGUGACCCCUGACCCUCAGAGUGUGACCCCUGACCCUCAGAGUGUGACCCCUGACCCUCAGAGUGUAACCCCAGACCCUCAGAGUGGGACCCCCACGCACCAGCACCCCCCCCCACCACCACCAUUUUUUAAUACAGGUAGAUCACUUGGACCUGCUCAUUUUAAAAGUAGCUCACAUGCCAAACAAGUGUGGGCACCCCUGACGUACUACAUUCUAAUUCACGUGACAUAUUUUCCUGUGUGCAGAGACUCUGAUGACGAGUGGACUCACCUGAGCCCCCGAGAGGUCGACCCCUCCACCGGAGAGCUGCAGUCCCUCCAGCCCGAGGACCAGGCUCCCCCGUCGGGACAGCAGGGUCCAACAGGUCUGAGGGAAGCUGCUCUGUACCCUCACCUGCCCCAAGAGGCGGACCCCCGCCUGGUGGAGUCUCUGUCCCUCAUGCUGUCGAUGGGCUUCACUGAUGAAGGCGGCUGGUUGACUCGUCUGCUUCAGGCCAAAAACUUCGACAUCGGCGCCGCACUUGACACCAUCCAGUACGCCAAACAGCCCCGCCCACACCAGCCCUGAUGAUGUCAUCUAUACUAAACCAAAAGGAGACGAUUAAUAUACUGCCGUCACGUUUCCUGUAAUCUGAGUUUAUAAAUUCUCUUUGAUCUAAACGUUGUCUCAUUGAAUUACUGUUUAUACUCCUUUUAUCUUUAUUGUGUUAAUCUCAACAAUAAAAAAAUGAAGAACUGAA